CAAUCAUCUAUGUCUGACCUCCCAAGGCAAAGAUUUCCAGCGCUCGGCGAUAGAGGAGCGAGUAAUAGCGCCAGCUCAAGUACCGUAGUUGGUGCGGUAAAAACGUUAAGUCCUCAUUCUAAUCAAACGAUUAAAGGAAAGCAUUUCUGUAAUGAAUGUGGCAGGUCAUUCACACGUUCCAGUACUCUAGUCGCUCACAAACGCAUCCACACUGGAGAAAAGCCCUUCAUGUGCGAAAUCUGCGGUCGGGCUUUCCGUCAACCAGGCAACCUUUCCCGCCACCGUCUCACUCAUACGACUUCCAAGCCUUACGUAUGUCCGCAUUGUGAUAAAGCCUUCAACCGUGCGUCUAACCUUCACACUCAUAUGCGCACACACAGCGACUACAAACCUUACCACUGCGACUUUUGUGACAAGCGGUUUCACCAAAAAAUUGACAUGAAAAUUCAUCGUUACACACACACAGGUGAAAAGCCACAUAAGUGCCCAAAAUGUGGACGUGGCUUCAAACAGCUCACCCAUCUGACGUACCACCUGAGGACCCAUUCAGAGAUCCGAAUGUACCACUGUGAAUUUUGCGGCAAAGGCUUCAACCAGAAAGGAAAUCUACAAGCACAUAGAUAUAGGCACACCGGUGAAAGACCAUUCAAGUGUCAAGUUUGUGGUAAGGGUUUUACGUUGGCUUCCACGAGGAAUACCCACGUGCGCACGCACGCUCCAACCAAACCAUUUCAAUGCCAACACUGCGAUAAAGCAUUCUACCAGAAAAAUGCUCUCAAGACGCAUUACAUUGCUUCGCAUCCGUACGCCGAUGGAACAUUCUUAAUGAAACAACCUUCAGUACAAAAGCAGUCGAGAUACAGUUUGAUAGUAAUGGCUCUCAAAGCCCUCGGAAACCUUAGCCAACUAGAGCGACGCAACCUGUCUUCUUCUGUGAGAAGAUUUGAGCUUGAGUAUGAAAUUCAGAUGAAAUUUCUUGCUGCCGAGAAAACAAGGAUGGCCGCAAGAGCGAGGACAGCAAUGAAAACUCCCAGUGAGAAACCUUCCCAGGAAUCGGCCAAAGAAAACAAUAAAGAGUUAGUGUGUAUAGAAAUGACUUCUUCAAAACUAUUGCAAAGAUCUCAAAAGAAGAACUCCUGCAUUUCCACUUGCCAUCAAAGCUGUGCAACAAAUGGGAAGAAUGGACCUUAUCCUUCAACCCAUCAACAGCUCCCACUCCCAAAAAUUAUCGUACAACCUCCAACAAAGAUUCUAGCUUACAAGGCAGCCAAUUCUUUUCGAGAAAGCAAAGAAUCAAAGGCAGAACUAUCCAACACAAAGCGAGAAGACAUGAAUUCUAGUAGCACAUUUCCAUCUAGCAAUCUCCGAAAGAACACUGCAGUAUUACAGCUAUCGUCCAAACAGCGCCGAGUGUCAUUUCAUCCCCUGUCUGUUCCUAGGAACAGCGUCACUGCUUCGCCAACAGAUAUCCUGAAAAUUCAAAGGCGAAAGAGCUGUCCAAAUCUUGGAAUCGCGAAGCAUAGGAUGCUUGCUGGUGGUUUAAAUUUAUCAUCUAAAAGAAACACCUUGGAAUCGUACGAGAGAGAGUUAUCAGAGUUAAAGGAAUGCAGAUACCUUCGCGUUCCAAACUUUCCAAAGAGUCAUGGACUAGAGAAUUACUGACAGCUUUCUAGCUUUAUAUACAAUUCAACUUUUCUUGCGAUUAUGAUUUAGAUUAAAAAAUUCACUUACGAUUUCACUUAAUUCAUAGACUCAUCAGAACUUUUAMAUUUUUUAGUUUUUUAGACUUAGUUAUAUAUGUACCGUUAGUAGUGACAUUCUCGUAAUAAAAAAAAACAAAUAAAUCGUAUAAAAUUAUCUGUUUUUGUAUGAUAAUCAUCAAUACACUCCGAAUAUGCAUGGGCCGGUAAAAUAUAGA